UUAUGCUCGUUCCGGGGCGUCUCUCAGCCUCCGUGCUCCGUACGCUCCGUGUCUCAGAUCCACACUGAGGGAUGCUCCAGCAGCCAGCACCGACCCUGACAGCACAGACCGUACGGAGGUGACUCAAAGGCAUAUGAAAUCACCCAGGUCAGUGCCUGGAGCAAACAGUAGAGCUGCUGUGCCUACCCACGGAUAUCAAUCAAACAAUAACAAUGCAUGGCCUGUAAGCCGCCAAUCAUGGCUCAUAGGAAGAGGCCAGGAACCAGUGGAGGGACCAUUAUGGCUGCUCCUGUCCCUGCUUCCUGUCCCACCACUCAUCCAACAGAGUCACAUGACUUGAAAGUAAUUCCUCCUCGACAACGCCCAGUCCGCUACCCCAAAGGCUCUCCACAUGAUCCAAAACCCCUUCCCCGCUCCUGUAAGGCACAAUAUUCUUCACCCAAAACACAAGAAGUCAGUCGCAACCAUCCUGAAGUAGAUAUAGAACCGGAAGUUGAAGGGAACCGAUACAACAACCAAGCAGAUGCAGAACUGGAGAACCAGCGGCCAGCGACACCCUCCACACCGGAACAUGACCAUGACCAAGACGACCACGACCAGGCAGACUUCCACGGUGGAGCUGACAGCCUGGACGACGACUCCAGCUCAGACUAUAUCAACAACACAUCUGAAGAUGAGGAAGACUAUGAUGAUGGACUUGCGGAGGAGGAUGAGGGUGUGACUUACUACAUCCGUUACUGCCCAGAGGAUGACAGUUACCUGGAAGGUAUGGACUGCAGCAGCCAAGGAGACUGUAACCACAGCCACAACCAAGGGGACUGCGCUGGCACCAUGCAAUCUGGAGGAACUCACACUGAUGAAUGCCAGGAGGCCGGGGAGGAAUGGGUGGAGGAGGGAGAGGGGGAAGUGGAGCCCCAAGAGGAGGAAUGGGUGGAGGACGAGGAGGGAGAAGGAGCUGUGAGGGAGGAGUGGAGGGAAGAGGAAGAGGAGGAGGUAAGGGAAGAGUGGAGAGAAGGGGAUGAAGAAGUGAGGGAGGAGUGGAGGGAGGAGGGCCAGGUCAGGCAGGAACAGUGGGUGGGGAGGGAGAGGCACAGGGUGGAGGAGUGGGUGGAGGGAGAGGGGGAGGUUCGCUGUGAGGUGGUGGAGCAAGACCCCGAUGAACAGAUAUACAACGGACGGCCAGAACCCAUCCUGGACCACCACCACCACCACCAUCACCACCACCAACCCCCCCCACAAGAAGGCCUCCACAGCCGACGGGCCGACGGAGCCGAAGAGGAGGACGAGGAGGCGGAGAGCGAGGAGUACUGCCCCAAUGAGGAUGAAGACGAAGAAGGAGAGGAGGAGGAGAGACACGGGAGGGCCUACACUGGAGACUACUACGCCCCUGAGGACAAUGGGAACUCGGUGCGAGUGUCUCCGUACCGUGGGCGUAAGGUGCUGGUGGUGGAGGGGGAGACGGGGGAGGAGGCGGAGGAGGACAUUGACCAAAUAGUUGCUGAAAUCAAAAUGAGUAUGAGCAUGGGCAGUCUGAGCAGCGGCACUGACCAAAGCCCAGAGGAACUGGCGCCUGACCCUGUGCCGGGUGACUACGCUCAUACCAAGCCCGACCCGACCCCCUACCCUCCACCUCACCACCGCCACGACAGCAGACCCAAGUCCCUUAACCUGCCCUCCAUGCACCACAACAACCCUGACCUCCAGAGGGGCAUCAAGGCACACCCACGCUCCCCCGAGGACAGGCAGAGAUGGGCGCAGGAGCAGGUGAGCAAUGGUGCAGAGCAACCCAGAAAACAGCAGCGCUCCGACCUCAACGUUCCCCUGGAGAACAACAAUGUACCAGAGCCAACAAAGAAGGUUGCAGCCUUCCCCAGCUUUGUCGAUGUCCCCGGACCCUGCGAGCCAGAAGAUCUGAUUGAUGGAAUUAUCUUUGCUGCUAACUACCUUGGCUCCACUCAGCUGCUGUCUGAGAGGAACCCCUCCAAGAACAUACGGAUGAUGCAGGCCCAGGAAGCUGUCAGCAGGGUCAAGAGGGUACAGAAGGCUGCCAAAAUCAAGAAAAAGGCGAGUGCAGAUGGAGAUACUCAAACCCUGACUGAGGUCGAUCUGUUCAUCUCUACCCAGAGGAUCAAAGUUCUCAAUGCAGACACACAGGAAACCAUGAUGGAUAAUGCCCUCCGUACUAUAUCCUAUAUUGCUGAUAUUGGCAACAUCGUGGUCCUGAUGGCAAGACGUCGGAUGCCCCGUACAGCCUCCCAGGACUGUAUCGAAACCACACCUGGGGCACCUGAGGCAAAGAAGCAGUACAAGAUGAUAUGCCAUGUCUUUGAGUCUGAGGAUGCCCAGCUUAUCGCUCAGUCCAUUGGCCAGGCAUUCAGUGUAGCUUACCAGGAGUUCCUGAGAGCCAAUGGCAUUAACCCUGAGGACCUGAGCCAGAAGGAGUACAGUGACAUCAUCAACACCCAGGAGAUGUACAAUGACGACCUCAUUCACUUCUCCAACUCUGAGAACUGUAAAGAGCUGCAGCUGGAGAAGAGUAAAGGGGAGAUCCUGGGCGUGGUGAUUGUGGAGUCGGGCUGGGGAUCCAUUCUUCCUACAGUUAUCUUAGCCAACAUGAUGAACGGAGGGCCGGCGGCACGCUCCGGCAAACUCAGCAUCGGAGACCAGAUCAUGUCCAUCAACAACACCAGCCUCGUGGGGCUGCCACUCGCCACCUGUCAGGGAAUCAUUAAGGGCUUGAAGAACCAGGUCCAGGUCAAAAUGAACAUUGUUAGCUGCCCUCCUGUUACCACUGUCCUCAUCAAGAGACCAGAUCUGAAGUAUCAGCUGGGCUUCAGCGUCCAGAACGGCAUUAUAUGCAGUCUGAUGCGGGGGGGCAUCGCUGAACGAGGCGGGGUCCGUGUGGGCCACAGGAUCAUUGAGAUCAAUGGGCAGAGCGUGGUGGCCACAGCUCAUGAGAAGAUUGUCCAGGCCCUGUCGAACUCAGUCGGCGAGAUUCACAUGAAGACGAUGCCUGCUGCCAUGUUCAGACUUCUAACAGGACAGGAGACCCCUAUGUACAUAUAAGCGAUGGCCAGGGACCGCUCCACAGGACAGGCUGUCAGCUGUGAUUGGUUAUCUUUCGGGGCAAACCAAGCUGACCGGUGACUGGGGGGAGGAUUGCCUGUCCUCCAACUCAUUUGUCCUUUUUUUUUUUCUCCUUUGAGCUGAUGAUCAGAUUUUUUCAUCACCUUUUUUUGUUUGUGCUUAACAUGCAAUGGCCAUUUUCUUGACAUGAGACGCUUUCCCCAUGUGACCAGCUACAGAGACUAUGUGUGUGUGUGUGUGUGUGUGUUUAUUUAUUUGUUCUGUCUGUGCUUUUCUGUCACUGCAGUGAGGACAUAUGUAUGGACUUAACAAGUGAAUGCGUCACAGUUUAUUUUUUUAUAUUCAUUUAAUGCAAUAUUAUGCUUCUACUAUACACCUUGUAUAGUCCCAUUUUCUUCUCUGUUGUUUAUUUAUUUCUCAUGUAAAAACAUAUUUUGCUAAUAUUGUGACUGAAGGCGCUGGGGAGGGAGGGGCUGCAGCUGCAUUGUAAAUAUUUAUUGAAAAUCGCUGUUGAACUGAAAGCAGACCAUGAUGAUGAAUGCCAGUUGUCAUCAUAGAUGCCUGAGAAGGGGAAUGAUUUUAGUGUUUAAAUUGUUGGGUUUAAAUAUGCUAAGUUGAUAUAAUGUACAUGUGAAUCCAACCAAUGCUUUGAGCAGGGGUUUAUGGGAGCAACGCCAUAUCCUUUUGAUUUACUUCAUUUUAUGGCAAUACACGAGUUCAACCUCUGAAGAGCAAGAGACAUCUUUUCUAAAUCUCAUGUACAAACAUACAACUCACACAUUUAAAUAACAAGCAACUCAGUAAAAUGAUGAACAUGCAUUAAUUAAGCUUUUGCUAUCGAAGUCACAUGUAUGAACAACGGAAUUUCUUUUGUGUGCUACUCUACUGUAUGUUCAUCUGUAGUGUUUCUGACUGAAACUCAUACGUACUAUGAGUUGAUUGUGAAUGUAACUGUGUAGUGUGAGCUGUUUCAUUGCCAUAAGCAGUAUUAGAAUGUCUGUACAUAAAGAGAAACUCGUCUUAGUAUUGUGCUCAUGUAAAAAACACACAGAUUUAGUCACUGCAAACAUCCUCCCACCUGUAUGUUGACUUUCAGUCUUGAGAGAGAGAGAGAGAGAGAGAACUGUGAAUCAUACACUGUGACAGAAAAAAGCCUUACCACAGAGUAAUGGUUUUACAAUGCAUUGUAGUAAAUUUUAACCAUAUGAACAUUAUCUGUGUGCAUGCCUCGUAUAGUAGUAUCAUGUCAUUGUGGCAAGAUAAUAAAAUCUAAGCUAAACCUGGCUCCUUUUGUGGACUGGAUCGAACUAUCAACUGUACAUCAAAAGGAUUGUAUUGUACAUGAAAGCUCAGUAUCAGUCAAGGUAUUUUGUAAAAAAUUUACAUCUGUGAUUAAACUUCUCAUUCCAGA